AUGACAAAUUUAUGGAUCGCUGACUCGUCAGACUCACUUUCAUGUUUACCGUUUCCCUCAAAAUUUGAGUUAUUAGAUUCAUGUUUCGGAAUUUAUUUUAUUCCGAUAUUACUUUUAAUUUAUAUUAUAUCACUUGGUUUAUAUCAACUUCGAAAUUUAAAAUUAAAUGAAUUUAAUCCUUUCGAACAACGUCGUGUUACUCCGCUUAUUAAAACCCUUUACACAUUUGGUGGAAUUGUUCUUUUAUCUUAUCUUGCUGAUUGUUUAAUAAUAAUAUUCAGGGCUUUAGAAUCAAAAACAUGGUCAUCGUCAUCAUUGGUUUUUUAUGCUGUCACUUCUUGGACUGCUUGGUUGAUCAAUUUUAUUUUGAUUUUUAUUGAGAGAAAAAGAACUGGAGGAUGGUCUUUGAUCAAUUAUUUAUUUUCCUGGUUUUCUCUUACGGGAGAAUUCUUGGUUUUUCGUUAUUGGAUUUUAUUGAUUAAUCAUAAUAAUCAAGGAAAAUUUAUCGCCAAUUAUGAUUUAGCUUUCUUCAGUAUUUCAACUAUCCGUUUUGUUGCAUUAAUAAUUUUAUGCAUUGUACCAACGAUUCAAAUUUUACAUUUAUUCUUGACUCAUGUAAAUUCUGAAUCUGAAUAUAGUAGAGGACUUCUUCAAGAUUCAACUUCUUAUGGAACUUUUCCAACAGCUCCUAGUGAAAAUAAUGUUUCAUCAGAACAACAAAUACAAACACCACAAGAGAGUGCAUUUUCAAACUUUUUUUCGAAAAUGAAAAGACUUAUUCCAUUCAUUUGGCCUAAAAAUAAACCAUGGCUACAAUUUUUAGUUUAUGUUUGUUUUGGUUUAUUGAUUCUUGGACGUAUUAUUAAUGUUCUCGUACCUUAUCAACUCAAAAUUAUUGUUGAUUACCUUGGUGGUGAAGGAGGAGAUCAAGGUCGUUUCCCUUGGAUGACCAUUAUAUUUUAUGUGUUUUUGAGAUUUUUACAAGGUGGAGUUGGGUUAAUUCAAGCAUCUCAAAAUUACUUGUGGAUUCCUAUUGGACAGACUGGGGAAGUUUUACGUGUAAUGGAUCGUGGAACCAAUAGUAUUAUCUCAUUACUCAGUCAAAUAUUUUUCCAAAUACUUCCUGUCAUCGUAGAUAUUUUUGUUGCGGUUGUUAUCUUUGUUAUAUUAUUUGAAUGGCAAAUUGGAGCCAUCGUGUUUAUUACAAUGUCGAGUUAUAUAUUUGUGACAAUUUGGAUUACUGAAUGGAGAACAAAAUUCCGACGAGUAAUGAUUGAAUUGGAUAAUGAUGCUAGAACUAAAGCAGUGGAUUCACUUUUGAAUUUCGAAACUGUCAAAUAUUAUAAUGCUGAACAAUUUGAAGUACAACGUUAUGAUGAAGCGAUUAGAAAAUUCCAAGUUUAUGAUUAUAAAGUAUCAGCUUCACUCAAUGUACUUAAUCUUAGUCAGAACAUGGUGAUCACUUGCGGUUUACUGGCGGGUUGUUUACUGUUUGCAUAUCAAAUUACUCAAAAUAUUUAUAGCGUUGGAGAUUUCGUUCUCUUUAUAUUUUAUAUGAAUCAAUUAUAUAGUCCACUCAAUUUCUUUGGUACCUAUUAUAGAAUGAUUCAACAGAAUUUCGUUGAUAUGGAAAAAAUGUUGGAUUUAUUCAAGGAAGAACAAAGUGUUCAAGAUCUUCCUGGUGCACCACAAAUAAGAGUUACUGAAGGAAAAGUAGAAUUUGAUAAUGUUAAUUUCUCUUAUGAUCCAAGAAAUCAAGCCUUGAAAAAUGUAUCUUUCACUAUACCUAAAGGAAAAACCGUAGCUCUUGUUGGACCAAGUGGGGGAGGAAAUGUCACACAAGAAAGUUUGAGAAGAAAUAUAGGUGUUGUUCCUCAAGACACAGUUUUGUUCAAUGAUACAGUAUUUUAUAAUAUCCAUUAUGGAAAUGUAAAUGCACCAGAAGAAGAAGUCUUUAAAGCUGCCAAAGCUGCUCAAAUCCAUGAUCGUACUCUUACUUUCCCUGAUGAACGAGGUUUACGAUUAAGUGGAGGAGAAAAACAAAGAGUGGCUAUUGCUAGAACUAUAUUAAAGAAUCCACCUAUUAUUCUUCUCGAUGAAGCUACAUCUGCCCUUGAUACUACAACUGAGAGACAAAUACAAAAAGCUCUCUAUCAAGUGACUGCGAAUCGUACGACAUUAGUUAUUGCGCAUCGUUUGAAUGGACAAGUCGUGGAACAGGGAACGCACGAAGAACUCAUUAGGUUGGCACAGGAGAACAAAAGUCCAGGCGUUUAUUACGAAAUGUGGCAAAAACAAUUACGAGAUCAUGAGGAAGCAGGGGUUGAAGCGGAAGGUUCAAGUAAUGAUUCUACCGGAAAAAAUAAAAAUAAUGAAUCUUUAUUAGAUAAAGAUAUUAUUCAUAAACAUCAUAAACAUUAA